AUGCAUCCUCAAUUCCCAUCCUCUGUUCCUGCGGACAAUGUAUCUGAUGAAAUAGCACACCACAAGCAAUCGUUCACCAAUCAGCAACCCAUUAAUGCGACCACUAAUGCUGGAAACGAUAAUGCUGGAAACGAUUCGGAUUUGACCGAUCUGUCCGACCUAGAAGCUGACAAGCCCCUCAAUGUCAGGUCUACCGCUGGCAAAGCGAAUGAGUGCGCUGCUAUCCAUAACAUCACCAAGUUUGUCCAACCUACAGCAGCCAAACUAUUGAAUCUCAAAGGUUACAAGCCGAUCGACUUCAGCUCCACUGUUGCGGUCAAGAAGAUGACCAAGUUCACCAAACCUAAGGCCAAGAAGGCAAAGGCAGGUAAAAGCGGUGGAAUGCAGCAGAAACCAAAGCUUCGAUCCCACGAAGUCCCUCAACACCUGCGACCAAACGUUCCAGCUCAUCUGUUCCGCAGCGUCUUCCAUCGUCGUUCCAUGGUGGCUGAGUAUCUCAACCGAGUGUUCAAGAAAGCUAGGGUUAUCAACGUCGAUUUCGAUUUGGCAGUUGCUUAUUUUCUGCAACACACCCAUACGCUACUAUUGGGUGACAUUCCAAGCUCCGUCAACCAAGUUCUAGCCGACUUCUCCCUUCUUGAACCUCUCACCGGUCGUCAAGAUUGCCUCUUAGAAUGUGCUGUCCACAUUAAACAGACGCUCAACGACUACGACGCUAUUCCUGGCUCAACCAAGCCCUUUGCCCUUCGUUAUCCAAACCUCACUGCCCUCAACAAUCUGGCAAUCGAGCGAUCCACUUCGCCCAAGGUUGUUGGUCAUGCCGAGGCGGUAGUAUUUCUCGAUCACGCCGGCCGAGUAGUUGCUAUCAGUGUUCCUCCCAAAAUAAGCAAUCUCACAGAAUCUCUAAGCGGUCAGGAGCGCGGCGGCAUGGCGUUGGAAGGCCAUGCAGAAGUUAACGACAUUCCUCGUCUCCAAGGACCUGUAACUCUGGAUACACAUCUAAACUCACCCCUCCUCGCUGCCGCGCAAAGCCCAUUUGCCGUUUCAAAUGAGGCCAGCGCUCGACUCAGUGGGGCUGCUUCGACUUUCCUCGAUGUGCCUGGCGGUUUCAGUGGAGCAAUCUCUUCUCAGGCCGUUGGUUAUGGCCGAUACUCCCAUCUCAGCGCCGGCAUGUCAGACACAGCAAUGGCCUUUGGAGAGAAACGGCAGGGUCACCCUUCUUCCAAGUGGGACGAAGCCAAUGUCAGCCAUUACAACCUGCCCACCAUCAUCCAAAUGGGUAACGAGCACGCAUACAAGCGCGAAGAUCAAGCCCGAAUUGAUUCAGAGCUACUAUGGCACCUCGAAAUGGGACGCCUCAUCAUCAAGGCCUUCCUCCCGAGUUCUUAUUCUGCAGCGAGGCAAGCAUUGCAAGUGAUAGUCAAACACGGCACGCCUGCAGCAGCUGCUGCAAUUAAGAAUCUUGUCAAUCCGCUUGGUAUAGGUAGGCACACCAUGUUCGGUAUCCAGGUUGAUCACCAUCGCGAUGGACACAACGCGCCUCUGUUCGCUUCUGCCAACUUCUUCGGUAAAAACUAUGGAGGCGGUGAACUUAUCUUGAACUAUCUUGGCUAUGCCGUUCAUGGCGGCCCUGGUCAUUCUGUUCAUGCAGCAUUCGACAUCCUUAUGCACGGAGUUGGCCGAAUCACAAGACUCCCGACUCCAGAUGAUUCGCCUCCUCAGAGGAUCUGCAUGGCAAUCUAUAGCCAUGCUGACGUAUUUGCUGGAGCAGCGCGAUUCUCUGGCAUGCAACAGGAACCCAAAGUCUUCAGUGAUCGAAGGCUUUGGAUCCCUUUUUAUCCUGUCAAUUUUGACCUUGAGAAGACUUGUGAUAUAUUCUUGGCCGAAGAAAAGCGACUCAAUAAUAAGCACCGAAAUGAAGUGCGAAUUUACAAGGCGGCGAAAGCGGCACGUUUGGCUGCAGGCUUGAGUCUAGAGGAAGCUGAAGCGGGAGCAGCAGCGACUGUAGAUUCCUUUCGGACUGCGGCUGUGUCCUUACAGUAA